GAGUCAGAGAGGGAAUGAGAACGUGGAGAAGCGCCUCUUUCUUUGGGACCACGAAGAACAAGAUUAGACUCUGCAUGAAUACGCUCUUUUUGUUUGUAUUUUCUUGCUCUGCUCUUGUUUUGCUUCCUCCUUUGAUUCACGGCGGCGAUGAACAUGGUCUCCUCCGGCCACCACUCCUUCGCCACUCGUAUCUUCUCUGAUGUCGCUGGGGAUAUCACAAUCGUCGUUGAUGGAGAGCCUUUUCUGCUUCACAAGUUUCCCCUGGUUCAACGCAGCGGGAAGAUCCGAAAACUGGUCGCGGAGGCGAAAGAUUCGGAUUUAUCCAAGUUGGAGCUCCUCAACAUUCCAUCCGGACCCCAAACCUUUGAGCUCGCAAUGAAAUUCUGCUACGGAAUGAACUUCCAGAUCACGACGGCCAACGUCGCUCAACUUCGCUGCGUGGCAGAGUUCCUCGAAAUGACCGAGGACUACAGAGAAGAGAACCUGAUUGGGCGGACGGAGUUGUACUUGGACGAUGUGGUUCUUCAAAGUCUCGAACAUUCAGUGGAGGUACUAUCUGCUUGUGAGUCCUUAAUUCCUAUGGCCGAGGAUGUGGGCCUUGUUGAUAGAUGUGUGGAGGCUAUAGCGAUGAAUGCUUCUAAGGAACAGUUGGUUUCUGGCUUGUCAAGGUUAGAGUGUGACGACCGCUCAACCGAACUUAAAAGCGGUUGCCUCGACUGGUGGAUCGAUGAUUUAUCGGUACUACGGACCGACUUUUAUGACAGAGUGAUCCGUGCGAUGGGAAGGGCGGGCGUUCGGCCCCAUAGUAUCAUCAUGUCUCUAAUGCAUUAUGCUCAAUCAUCGCUGAAGGGCAUUGAGAAAUCUCAGCUUUGGAGUUCGGCGAAAACAAAACCGAGUCCUGGGACUCGAGAAAACGAUCAGAGAUUGGUUGUGGAAACUCUUGUAGGCCUUUUCCCGGCAGAGAAAAGCUCUUCAAUCCCGCUUAGUUUCUUGUUUGGGAUGCUGAGGAUAGCGACAAUGGUAGAUGCUGCAAUCGCUUGUAGGUUUGAACUAGAGCGGCGGAUUUCUUUACGGCUUGAAAUGGUAUCCCUUGAUGACCUGUUGAUACCGUCUGUCCAGGUAGGUGAUUCUUUGUUCGACAUCGAUACGGUUCAUCGGAUACUCGUGAAUUUUCUUCAGCGGAUAGAGGAAGAAGAAAAUGAUGCAUGUGGGUAUGAGUCCGACGUCCUCGGUUCCCCGUGCCACAGCUCAUUACUGAAAGUGGGACGACUGAUCGAGUCAUAUAUCGCUGAAAUCGCCCCCGACCCAUAUUUAAGUCUGCAGAAAUUCAGUGCUAUGAUCGAGAUACUGCCUGAUUAUUCUCGCGUUAUUGAUGACGGACUAUAUAGGGCGAUCGACAUAUAUCUGAAGGCACACCCAAUGCUAACUGAACAUGAAAGUAAGAAGCUUUGCAAGUUCAUAGACUGCCAGAAACUCUCGCCAGGAGCCUGCAAUCAUGCUGCGCAGAAUGACCGGCUUCCUCUGCAGAUGAUGGUCCGUGUCCUCUACUUCGAGCAGCUCCGCCUCAAGAAUGCAGUGUCCGGGAGUUCAGGAGAUGCGUUUUUCUCACAGAAGAUAAGCAGCGGCAUCCCGAGCGCACCGAUGUCCCCGCGAGAUAAUUACGCUUCUUUAAGGAGGGAGAAUCGAGAGCUUAAGUCUGAAAUCUCGAGAAUGAGGGUGCGGCUCAGCGAGCUGGAGAAGGAGCAGAUGUUUAUGAAGCAGGGGAUGAUGCACAAAUCUGGAAUCACAAGGACGUUGUUCACGUCGAUCUCGAGAGGCUUCGGGAGGAUUGGUAUUUCCAACGGUGAGGCCGGAGGAAAGAAACAGAAACCGGGUAGAAAAUCCAGAGGGUCGGAAGGGAAAACUGGUAGAAGUAGGAGAUAUUCUGCUUCUAGCUGAUAAAGAUAUGCAUAAACUAGCAAUCUUUCCGGACAACAUGAUAGGGUCAAUUCAAGGGUUCAUCUCUUGCUUUUUGUCUUACAACUACCCAAAUUUUCUGGCAUAACUUUGCAAAUAAACUAUAGCAAAAUGGAAACACGUA